GAGUGGGUGUGGUGGACCACUUCCCUUGGUUGGUUGGGGAACGGAUUUCGCACUUCGUUAGUUUUAGAUGGAGAUUCUUAACUUUGGCCAACACAAAGUAGAGACAUGUAAAUUCACCCAAAAACACACAGACAUGUGAGGGAGAUGGAGAAGAAGAAUUACUCAAUCCCAAAUAGAUCCAUUAUUAAUCUCAAAAACCUUCCUCCUAUAGAUCCAAACAUCAUCACCAACACCCAUAAGACCAAACCCUCUCAGGUUAAGUCAGAGCCAGACAGAUGGAUUGACAUACCUGUAUCUGAAGUUAUAAAGGCAAGUCCCAAACAGGAAAAAAAAUUGGCCGAAGAUGAUCAUAAAGCACUUGUAACAUCAAAUUCUGCCUAUACAACUACUCAGCCACACGAUUUGAGAGCUAAAGAUGCUUCUUUUGGUUCCAGUGGGUGCAAAAUAAGUACUAAGAAGACUAAUGAAAACAGAGCCAGUCCCACUGACUCAACCCUUGAAGGUAAUCCGAAGCAGGGAUCGGCGAAAUCCCGUUUGCAUGAAUUAUGUGCCGCAAACAAAUGGAAGAGUCCUUUAUUCGAGUGCUGCAAAGAGGAAGGACCAAGUCAUAUGAAAAUGUUCACCUUCAAAGUACUUGUUGAGAUUAAGGAAGCCUCAAACACGGUGGUCCUUGAAUGCUUUGGCGCUCCUCAGUCGAAAAAGAAGACUGCUGUAGAGCAUGCUGCUGAAGGAGCAUUAUGGUACUUGAAGCAUGUAGGUUAUUCUUCCAAAGUCCAUAAAUGAGAAUUUGCCUAAUCCUAACGUAGUAUGUUUAUACCGUGUGGUUGGUGAUCAAAAGCAUGAUUUUAAGUAAUAGUUCAGAAAAGAAGGUAGUAAGGUUUGACUCAUGAGUUUCAGACAUGUAGGUGAUGCAGUCUUCUGUUCAUGAUAGCUAGAAAUUCAAACAAAGAAUACAGAUUGACAUAUUGAGAAUUCAUGCUUUGUUAUCAUUUGUGUAUUUGUUCAUAUUGAAAUAAAGAGUCUUGCCAAAAUGAUUCUGUUUUCUUUUUCC